AUUUACGAUGGCUAUUUCGUUCACUACUUUGCCCCUAGAGGCCUUCCACCUAUGGAGAAGAAUGUGUUUUUUGUUAUUGACGUAAGCGGCUCCGUGUUUGGUACCAAGAUGAAACAGACUAAAAAGGCCAUGAAUGUGAUUCUCAGUGACCUUCAAGCCAAUGACUACUUCAACAUCAUCUCCUUUUCUGACACAGUUAGUGUCUGGAAAGCUGGAGGCUCAAUCCAGGCCACCACCCGGAAUGUCCACAGUGCCAAAGACUACCUGCAUCGCAUGGAAGCUGAUGGUUGGACCGACAUCAACUCAGCUCUGCUGGCAGCUGCUUCAGUGCUGAACCAUAGCAACCAGGAGCCUGGGAGGGUCCCCAGUGUGGGAAGGAUCCCUCUUAUCAUCUUCCUGACAGAUGGGGAGCCCACAACCGGCGUGACGACCCCCAGUGUGAUCCUCUCCAAUGUCCGUCAGGCGCUAGGCCACAGGGUAUCCCUUUUCAGCUUGGCCUUUGGGGAUGAUGCUGACUUUACACUGCUGCGCCGCCUUUCCCUGGAAAAUCGGGGAAUAGCCCGGCGCAUAUAUGAGGGCACUGAUGCGGCCCUACAGCUGGAGGGCCUCUAUGAGGAGAUCUCCAUGCCUCUGCUGGCAGAUGUGCGUCUGGACUACCUGGGCGGCUUGGUUGGGGCCUCCCCUUGGGCCGUUUUCCCCAACUACUUUGGUGGCUCAGAGCUGGUGGUGGCAGGCCAGGUGCAGCCAGGCAAACAGGAGCUGGGCAUCCACCUGGCAGCCCGUGGCCCCAAGGAUCAGCUUCUUGUGGCCCGCCACAGUGAAGGGGCCACCAACAAUAGCCAGAGGGCAUUUGGGUGCCCAGGGGAGCCAGCCCCAAAUGCGGCCCACUUCAUCCGCCGCCUCUGGGCCUAUGUCACCAUUGGAGAGCUGCUGGAUGCACGCUUCCAAGCUCGUGACACCACCACUCGCCACCUGCUGUCUGCCAAAGUCCUCAACCUGUCCCUUGAAUACAGCUUUGUCACACCUCUGACUUCACUGAUCAUGGUGCAACCCAAAGAGGCCAAUGAGGAGACCAGGAGACAGAUCUCCACCACAGCUGGGCCAAACACCAUAAUGCCCUCAUCCAGCAGCAGGCAUGGCCUAGGGGUAAGCACAGCUCAGCCAGCCUUGGUGCCCAAGGUUAUCUCCCCCAAAUCAAGGCCUGUAAAACCAAAGUUCUACUUAUCCUCAACUACCACAGCCUCUACCAAGAAGAUGCUCAGUUCCAAAGAAUUGGAGCCAUUGGGAGAGAGCCCUCGUACCCUGUCGAUGCCCACAUACCCAAAGGCCAAAACUCCAGCACAACAGGAUUCUGGCACUUUGGCCCAGCCAACUCUCAGGACAAAACCUACUGUUCCUGUACCCUCAAAUUCUGGUGCUCUGUUGCCUCCGAAGCCCAGCACUCCAUCACACCAGAAUCCUGAUAUAUUACCCAUGAACUCCAGGACGCAAGUCCCAACUCUGACAGCUGGCAUCCCAGCCUCGCCCAAAGCUAGCACUGUGAAACAUGUUACUCCACUGCAUUCCAAACCUGGUGCUCCAUCACACCCCCAACUUGGGGCACUCACAUCACAGUCACCUAAAGGCCUGCCACUGUCAAGACCUGGUGUCUCUACACUUCAGGUUCCCAAGUACCCACCAAACACCAGACCUAGGGUUCCUGCUCCCAAGACCCGAAACAACAUGCCACACCCCAGACCUGGGAUCCUCUUAUCCAAGACCCCUAAAAUCUCAGUAUCUCUUAAACCGAGUGCCCCACCACACCAAAUUUCCACAAGUGUACCAGUUUCCAAGCCUGAGACCCCAAGCCCCCAUAUUCCCCAAACCCUACUACCUCCUAGACCUGACAGACUGAGACCCCCACCUCCUGAGAGCCUAAGCACAUUCCCAAAUACAAUCUUAAGUUCCACAGGUCCCAGCAGUACCACAAUCACCUCUGUCCUUGGUGAACCCCUCCCCAUGCCCUUUGCCCCCACUCUGCCCCCUGGAAGGUUCUGGCAUCAGCAUGACCUGCUGCUGGGUCCCCAGAAGACCAGGCAAGUUCUGGGAACAUCUAGGCCAGGAGUUCCAACAAUGAGCCUACUCAACAGCUCCAGGUCUGCAACAGAAGGCAGCCCUCCAAACCUGCCAAUCUUGCUGCCUUCCAGCAACGUCCCUGAGGCCAUCAGUCUGCUCCUUCUCCCUGAGGAGCUAGUGCUGCUGUCUGAGUCAACAGUGGAAUCCAAGUUUGUGGAGUCCUUGAACCCACCAGCAUUCUAUACCUUCCUCACUCCUGAUGCAGAUGGAAGUCCAAACUGGGAUGGUGAUUCUGAGGAGAUCCUGGGAGGAGCUGGAGGCAGCAUGGGAUCUCAAGGACGUUCUGUGGGGUUAGCAAAAGGCACAUUGCCUAGCGUCUUCACCUUCUCCUCCUCAGUGGAUGGGGACCCCCACUUUGUGAUCCAAAUCCCACACUCAGAAGAGAAGAUCUGCUUCACACUGAAUGGGCACCCCGGGGACUUGCUACAGCUCAUAGAGGACCCAAAGGCAGGGCUACACGUGAGUGGGAAGCUGCUUGGCGCGCCACCAAGGCUGGGCCAUGAGGACCAGACUCGCACCUACUUCCAGACGAUCACAGUCAGUACAGAGAAACCCCGGGCCUACACUAUCACCAUCAGCCGCAGUUCUAUAUCUUUGCGAGGCGAGGGUACCUUGCACCUGUCCUGGGACCGACCUGCCGUGCUGAAGAGGCCCCAGCUGGAGCUCUACGUGGCUGCUGCAGCCCACCUUACCAUCCGCCUUGGGCCCUACCUUGAGUUCCUGGUCCUCCGGCACCGCUACAGACAUCCCAGUACCCUGCAACUACCCCAUCUGGGGUUCUACGUGGCCAAUGGCUUGGGCCUCAGCCCCUCAGCCCGUGGCCUGAUGGGGCAGUUCCAGCACGCAGACAUCCGACUGGUGACAGGACCUAUGGGGCCACGCUUACGAAGGCACCAGGGCCCAGAUGUGCCUGUGAUUCUAGGCAAGAGGCUGCUGAAGGACUCACCAAGGCUGCUGCCCCGCUGGGUUUCCUGCUGGCUGGUGAAGCGCUCUCAUGUAGAGCAGCUUCUGGGUCACUCCUACCUCUCCUAUGUCCUGUGAUGGCAGAGCCAGGAGACCUGAAUUUGGGAGAUCCAGAAACCAGGACAUGGGGUGAGCCAGCCACAGAGACCCAAAGACAUGGAAGCACACACAGGGACACAAAGACUCACGCAUGUUCUAAGGAACACAUACACAAGAGUAUACAAACACACACACAUGCAGAGGCCUAGAGUCAGAAACCUCUGCAUCUUCAUGGUCCGUCAUGUCUCCAGUCUCACUCCCUCCAAAUCCAAGAUCCACACCAGGUUUACAAGUCACUUUUGUAAAACAAAAAACAGUCAGUAGUUCUGCUCACAACGUUCCCUAACAAACCAUGCUCUUAGAGUUUCCCUAACAAACCAUGCUCACUCCUACCACUGGACCACCAUUGCAUGUGCUUUUCCUUCUACAUGAGACAUGCUUCCUUUGUUCCUGUAGGUGAAUGUAAUUCAUCCUUCAAGUCCUAGUUAUUACCUCCUCUAGGAGGCCUUUUCUGAUGCCUGCCCUAGAUUGAGCUUGGUCCUGUCCUCUGGGUUCCUAUAGCCCCCCGCCCUCCAAGCUCACAGCACUUAGACUGUGUAGUAACCAUCUGUUUACUUGUCUUGGAUAUCUGACUUAGACUGUGAGCUCUUUGAGGGCAAGGACCUUUUCCAAAUCAUCUAUGUAGCCCCAGUGCCUAUCACAUAAUAGGUGCUUAGUAAAUAUUUGUUAAAA